AGAUAUGAAUUCGUGUUGAAUAUAUUUUAUAGCUGUUUAUGGAUAGAAGACAUGUAUUUCUCAUCAUACGAUGAGUAACAUCCGUUACAUGCUAAAGAUAAAUAUAACUUAUCCUGAAUAUCUAGGUACAGAAACACUUGCUGUGAGCUGAUGAAGUACUUUCCUUGGAAACUUUACUGUUUUUAGGCUUAACUUUCUUUCAUAAGCCAUCUCUACUUAAAUACACAGCAGUAACGUCGUGGUUUUUUUUUCCUCUCUCUUUCAAUUAUGUUCGUAAAUUUAAGUGCAUUUGUUAUCACACUAUGCAGAUUAUUUCUGAUGGGUAUUUUUACGGGUUAUGUAGGACAGUUCUUUGUUUACAAACUUGUGGGCUAUCAAAUGUCUCUCUUAUUAGGCCCUGUCCACGCGAACGUGGAUAUUUUUAAAACCGCAGCUUUUUUAUGCGGUUUGGCCUUUCGUCCACACGCAAACGCAGCAUCAGGUCACUGAAACCGAACAUUUUUUGAAAACUUCUGCCAGGGUGAAGUUUUGUAAAAACUCCGGUUUCAGUGUUAUCCUGUAGACAGCGAAACCAGACAUUUUUGGCUUUUGAACAGGGUUGCCAGAUUGGCCUGAAGAUUUCCAGCCCAACUACAGCUUAAAACCCGCCCGUUUAAAAAAAUAAAAAAUUCCGGCCCAAAAUGCACACUGUUGUAACUAAUACAAAUACAAUAACAAACAGUUAAUAACUUUGUGAUAUCGGUUUAACGAGUAGAACGAUUACAACAACCCGCUAAGCAAGACUGAAGUCUGACUGGACAGGACUCUCCUGAACCUUAUUGGCUAAACUGAACCAUAUAAUUAAAACCUCAACAUUACAUAUUACACUUUUUAUUUAAUCGUUUGAAUAGAAAAUUAAUAAAAUAUCAUGUUUAUAGUAAAAAAAAAAAAACAGCCCAGGUUUUAUCGACCCGCCCAGUGUACUUUUUCCCGGUGAGACGCGUGGGCGGAAAACGCGCAUAAUCUGGCAACACUGCUUGUGAAGUCGGCGUCUCAGGCUUCUGAUUGGCCAACAUGGCUUUACGGUUGAGAUUAUAGCGCCACCUGUUGGUGUUGCAUGCUCUUGACAGCGCUUCAGACCACGUUUUUGCGUUUUCAGGCACGCUCCACAGAUGAUUUACUAAACGUGACUGUGAAUCGAGGGGCCUGGCUUGAAUUUUUUUUUUUAUCACACUUUACCAGCUGUGUAGGACAAUUUAGGACAAUGGCAUUCAUACCUGUGGUCGACUUCGCUGUCUACAAACUUGGUACCAGCGACGUCACUGAGAAAAACUUGCAAGAGUUAGGCAAAGAAAUUCGAAAGGCCUUCACUGAAGUGGGGUUUGUGUAUCUCAAAAACACUGGAAUAGAUCAAAUAGAGGUGGAUCGUGUCAUGGACAUUUCUAAGAAGUUUUUCCUGCUUCCCGAAGAACAGAAAAGGCCCUUCAGUAGGGGCAGUUACGCAAAUAGAGUUAAUCACGGUUGGGUGUCCUCAGAAACAGAAAGUUUAAAUCCUCGACGUCCAGGUGACUUGAAGGAGGCCUUUAAUACUACAUCCCUGCACCCUGAUAUUAAAUGGCCCUCCGAUGGUUGUGAUGGCUUUCGUGAUAUCAAAGUCGACUUUUUCCUACGCUGUAAGGAGCUGUCUCUCCGUGUACUGAGGGUCAUGGCUAUAAGUUUAGGCCUGGAUUCAGAGUUUUUUCUCAAAGAACACUACGGCAUUGGAGGUGAUGAUAAUGGCACGACCCUUCGCACUCUGUAUUACGCUCCGGUGAAGACUGAGAGUGUGAAGAAAGAUCAGAUCCGCUGUGGUGAGCACUCAGACUAUGGCAGCAUCAGUCUAGUCUUCCAGAGCCAACAGGAAGGCCUGCAGGUAUUAAAUCGCAAAGACGACUUUAUCUCAGCUCCAAGUAUCCCUGGAACAGUGCUGAUCAACAUUGCAGAUAUGAUGCAGAGGUGGACCAGUGACGUGUUUGUGUCUGCUGUCCACAGAGUUCUACUACCUCCUGUGGGUGACUCAAGUGCAAGGCAGUCGUUGGUGUUCUUUGUGCAGCCGGAUGAUGAUGCCAUCAUUACGUGUUGUGAUGGCUCAAACAAAUAUCCUCCAGUGAAAUCGCUGGAUUAUCUCCUGUCAAGAUUCAACCACACUUAUGGCAGGAAACAGAAUGCGCUUCUCCUUGUCAGCCGAUGAUCACAAAGUAAUUGAGUAACUGUGCAUAUGGGGUCUUUCUGCCUGAAAUAUAAGACGUAUUCAUAUUUUCAUUUUAUUUUUCAUGAGCAUGAAUGUGCUUGCAGUCCUGUGUAGGAUAUAAUAAGGAUGUUUACUAUCAGGAUGUCUGCAUAUACAUUUAUAUAUUAUACAUUAACAUAUUGAUUUUGUCUGAUAUUGACCUUUUAUCAAAUAUUCAUUAUUAAUUGUCUUGUUUAAUGUCCACACUGUUAAAUUUGAUUAAUUGUUAAAUUUUGGUAAAUUAGACACCUUCAUUUCACUAUAUGUUAGAUGUGUCUAAAGAUUUAUUUUAUUUCUAUAAAUUUGUGUAGCCUUAAUUAAAAAUAGCAAAAUAAUCAUUUCACCAGCAUUUUACCUUAAAAAAAUCAUCUCUUUAUAAAUAUACUUAACAGUUGUGUUUUAAUAUUGACACACUACACUAUAUUGUUAUAAGUUUUGGGAUACUUCUCCAUAUAAUUGAAUUCAGGUGUUGUUUUUCAGGGGUUAGGUUUGGCCCUUAGUUCCAGUGAAAGGAUUUCUUAAUGCUUCAGCAUGCCAAGACAUUUUGGACAAUUUCAUGCUCCCAACUUUGUGGGAACAGUUUGGCGAUGACCCCUUCCUGUCCCAACAUGACUGCACAUCAGUUACAAAGCAAGGUACAUAAAGACAUGGAUGACCGAGUUUGGUGUGGGGGAACUUGACUGGCCUGCACAGAGUCCUGACCUAAACUCUAAUUUUCCUAAUUGGUUUUGUACUAGUUUUGCUAAUUAGUUUUGUAGAAAUGGAAAAGGACAGACUUACAUGUACCACUUUCAUAUGUACAAUGUGUCUACUACAUGAUAUUUUUAAAAUAAAAGCUUUUUUGUCCAAAAACAUGUUUU